ACAUCUAUAGAAUUUGGCAAUGGCUGAAUAAUCUGAAAACAACCGUUGCCAAUCAAGUUCCUUGAACUAUUAUUGUUUAGAGCUAUUUGCAAAUUAUAAAGAAUUGUAAAUUUUUAAAACAAUUAUAGUUAAAUAUUUAUAGUACAUGAAGGUUUUUGAAUUGCCUAAAGUAUUCCUAAUUAUUCAAAACUUGCUAUUAAAUUUUUCUACAUAUCAGUAGAUAUUUUGACGACUUUCUGCUUCUUCAUGGCUGACUGUUAGAAACUGAAUAAUCAAAUAUGAUCGGAUUUUUUAAAGAGGAAUAUUGAAGAAGAAAUUGAGAUGCAGUAAAAGUUAGGAAUAAUUCCAUUUAAAAGAAGCAUUGCUGGGAUUUUUUCCCUCAAACAAUUAUUGAGAAGCAUGUAAACUGUUUUUCAAUGGAUGUUUACACAUAAUUUCAUUCCUCCUUAAAUGCUAUAUAAGAUUAUUCUGCUAAUGAUUCAUUAGCUGAAGACUUUGCCUUGCUGGAGUGAAGAUGCUGGUGGAAGUCGCCAGCGCUAAACAUCAGGCCUCUAGAUAUUUAUCCUCUACUGGAAUGGCUGCAAAAGAGCUGUGUGAAAAUGAUGAUGUUGCUUCCAGUCUUGUGCUAGAUCCCUAUCUUGGCUUUUUGUCUCAUAAGAUGAAUAUUAAAUCUUUAGAUAUCUUAGAAUAUUUGAUAAAGAAUCUGGUUUCAAAAUGUCCAUUUGUGAAAGGUAUUCCCUUGAAGGAAAUGUAGGAGCUAAAGUUUGUGCAACCAAAAAAUGGUACAAAGGGGAUAAAAUUCAUAAUCUUGUUGGUUGCAUUGCUGAACUAUCAGAAAAAGAGGAAUCAGAAUUACUGAAGCCUGGAAAAAAUGAUUUUAGUGUCAUGUACUCUUGUAGAAAAAACUGUGCUCAACUAUGGCUUGGCCCUGCUGCAUUUAUUAACCAUGAUUGUAGAGCAAAUUGUAAGUUUGUUGCUACAGGAAGGGAUAGUGCUUGUGUUGAAGUUUUGAGAGAUAUAGAUUUGGGUGAAGAAAUAACCUGUUACUAUGGUGAAGAUUUCUUUGGAGAUAAUAAUUGCUAUUGUGAAUGUGAAACAUGUGAAAGGAGAGGUCGAGGAGCUUUUAGUACUAAAACUCCUAAACACGAAUAUGGCAUGGAUUCUAGACUCGUGUAUUGUUUGCGGGAAACCGACAACAGGUUAAAUCGUUUUAAAAAGCAAGUUAACACCGCUACUAAAUCUGCUGAAAGAAACGAUAUUCUAUCGGCUAUGUCUGAAACAAAAGCACCUGGCAAUCCAUGUCGAAACAUUUUACCAAUGCUAGAAAGUCAAAAGAAAAAAGUGAAAAAUCGUAACAGAGCUAAUAAAGUUAAAGAGAACACAAGAGUUAAAAGGGAAAAUCAAACUACUAAAAAAGAGCCCGAGAAAGCCAGUGAAUGUGAUAGCGAAAUGGAAAAAAUAGAAAGUUAUACUGAUGUUCAGGAUAAAAGUUCUAAACCAUGCCUUGAUAAUGUUUCGGAAGACGUAUCGCACAAGAACACUGAUAGCAAUAUCCACUUUUCUCCAGAUAGCGUUGUGACAACAUCAGAAGAAUGCACUCUGCUUAUUCCCAAGGAAAAUGAAAUGCAAAGUUCUAAAGAAGUGGGAUUUUCUAACCCUGAAAUUAUACAUAUGGAUGUAGAAAUUAAUAGCAGUGAUGAAAUAAAUAUUGCAAGUAUUACGCAUGAAGAAUGUGAUAAUAGUAUUGAUUCAAAUACCACAAGUUUAGUUGUAGACACCCUCAAUAAUUCAAAUGUGAAAAUUCCUUUAACAGAAAUAAAAACUUUUCCUAAUUUUGACUUCAGGGAAGUCAUAAGUAAAAAUAUGGGAGACAUUAGCUCUACUGAACACAUUCAUACCGAUUACCCCGAUGAUGUUAGUUCUCAUACUGAAAAUGGCAUCACUGUUGGGCACCUUAAAUUUUCUAACCCAAAUAGUCCUGUUUAUGUAGAUGACACACAAUGUAAAGAUAUUCAAAAUAUUGACUCGAGUAACAGUUCAGAAAAUAGUGAAACGACAAACAAUCACUCUGAAGCUGUGCUUCCUAUUAGCACUAAAUAUCAAAGUGAUUCUGGUAUUGGAUCUGAAAGUAACGACUUUCAAACUGUGUUUGCUUCUCUGCAGGAUACAGCAAUUACCUCCCACCCUGUUGAGGAGGAUACGUGUAACAAGAAUCAGUUUCCUAAACUAGAUGCCAGUGAGAUUGGCCAUUCAAUUCCUGAUGAUGAGCAAUGUGAUUCUUUGCCAAUUCUUCAAUUGAUGGAAGUGUCAAGCCUCAGCCCCGCUCAGAACUUGAUGCUGCCCACACUUGAUACAAUAACAGACUCCAAUCCGGUGACUGAAUCAGAAUAUCUGUUAGAGCAAGAAGAACGAGAUUCUUUACCAGAAACUCCCUGGUUUAGAGAAAUAAAUAAAAUAGGUUUCUUACCAGAAAAUGAAUGUAAUUCAGAGACUUCGUAUCCGUCCACCUUAAAAUUCAAGUGGACCAAUAAUAAAGCACCAGAUGUGAGAAAAGUAAGGACAUUAGCUGAAAGGAAAAUUUUACCGCCAUCUCCAGAACGCUCUAAACUUAUUCUAAGAAUUAAAAAGACAAAUUCAGGUAUUAUUUACUCUUCAACCAGUCCCCGUAAACCGGAGCGCAAGUUCUUUCGAGAAAAGCAGCGUCCCAAUGGUUACCUCGAUCACUACAUAUACAAUAAUAGAUAUAAGAAAAAGAAAGGUAAGCACAAAGAACAUUAUAACAUACUGAAGCGUAAUAACACUUUCCAAAAAAUGGACUUUUCUUCAUAUAGGGAUAAAAAUAAUUACACAGAAACUUUUUCAGAAUUCGUGAAAAGGGUGGGUGAUGUUAAAUAUAAAAGAAUCAAAUUAAAAUAUGGGUUAUAUAAUUCUUUAACCAUUGACAUUCCACCUUCUAAACUCAGAAAAGUGUCUUAAUUUUAAAAAAAUAGUGAAAUCAUUAUUGCAAUUUUUAUAGCAAUAUUGUUUUAUAUAAUUAAAAACUUUUUUAAUUUUUGGUUAUAACACUGCCAUAAAUUAUUUCUUAAACUGACAUUGUGUUAAUUUACUCUUAUUGCAUCUUAAGAACCAUGCAUUUUUUAUUUAUUGCUUAUUGUUCAAAUUAUUAUAAGUUGUUAGAAAAAAAAAUCUAUGCAUAAUAUUUUGAAUCCUAAAAAUAUGUUUGCAAAACAAGUGAAACAAUCUUCGGUUUCAAGCACUUCUCUCAAUGACAGCUUAAAUUUUAAUUUAUACUUUCAUUGUUUUCUGUUGAUAGACACUAAGAAAGUUGAUUAUUUAAUUUAAUUUCUAUGUAAUCUUUAUGUUGUAAUACAUUUCUUCAAAUUUUAAAAAGCUUCUAAGGUCAAUUUUUAUUUAAUUUUGGCAGUAUUAUCAUUUUUUAAAUUUUGAAGAGGGUAUCUAAGUUAAUAUUUUAUAAUUAAUAAGUGAAUUAAAAAAAAAAAAAAAAAUUAGCAAAUUGCAGAAUUGCUCCAUAGCUGGUCUGUUGCUACUUUUUUUCCUCAAGAAAUUGUAAUCAAUAUAUUUAAAAUUUAUAAAUUUUUUAAUGUAAUUAUAUGCUUUGACUCCUAAUGAUUGAUAUUCUGCAUUGUAAAUUUCUUUUGCCAAUGUUAUAAAGUGCAAUUUUUUUUUACUAACACAGUGUCAGUGCUUAAGAACUUCUCUCUGAUUGUACAUAAACAGAAAGAAACGGCUCAUCUGUGAUGUUUAAUUGUAUUUGAUAUUAAAGUAUGUUUUGUAUAUUUGUCUAUUUAUAUUAAUUUUAUUAUCGUCUCAGUUGUUCAUAUCACAUUUCAAGUGUUAAUAUCUAUCAACGUUGACUCUACUUACGUUACAUUCUCCUGUAUUGUUUACAUUAAAGUCUACUAUCUUAAAAUUGGACUUGCUUUUAACUAUACAUUUUUUUCAUUGUACAUAGAAAUAAAACAUUACUUUCUAUUUUAAAUAUUUAUCUGUUUUUAUAAUAAGUACUAUAAUGUGCUUUUUUCCUAAACAGUGGUGUGUUCUAUGAUACUGACAGUGAGCUUUUGUAUAAGGCAUGGAAGGAUACAUUAUUUUUCACUUUAUCUCUUCAUUAAUCAAUUUUGACUGUAAAUACAUUUACAUAAAAAUAAAAAAAAACUUUCAAUAUUUGAAAGACAUCGUAUAGAAUUCAUAAAGGCAAUCUUGUACAUAACUUAAAUUAUUGUUGCUUUCGCUGUGCAGUACCAUUAAUGAUUAUUGCACUGAAACAUUUUUGAUUUUUAGUCAUUCUGUUUUUUUUCUUCCCCCUAAUACUUUGAAAUGUAAAUUUUGACGUAUUUAUUUUAUACUGUGCUUUUAUGUAAUUUUGUUAAAAGUUUCGAAAGGUUCAUUUUUUUUGUAGCUCGGUUAUCAUUCCUUUCAUAGAAAAGUGGUCUUUAUAUUUAUUUUAUUAGUUUCAGUAGCUCUUUUUUUCUGGUGUCUUUUGACCUCCCACUAUCAAACUUGUACAGUUACAUUAGGCUGGGUUUACUAGCGUUUUUUUAUGGAAGUGCCUGCGCUCUAAAUGUAGUAAUUUUAUUUUAACGGCUUUUAAUUUUUUAAAUUGAAAAUUAUUAAAAUUCAUUGUUAAAUAAAUAAGAUAUGGUUUCAAAGUGCAUAGAAUUAUUGUUAGUUAAAUGCAACCUUUUUUUAUUAAAAAUGCAUAAUUUCAUCAUGAUUUUAUAUUUGGUAAUAUCAAAUGAACAUUUUAAGAUAUUAAUUAGAAAAUAACUAUUUAUUAAAUAAACAUUUUAUUAAGUUUUUGACAUUAAAGUCACUCUAGAAAUGUUCAUAAGUGGCACCAUUUAAAUACUAUUCAAACAAUUUUUCUAAUGGGGCUGAAGUCCUAUUGGGUAAAGGUUUAAAUUUGAAAAUCAAUGAAAGGAAUCAUUAACAUUAUAAAAUAAACAUUUUUAUUUUAAAUUAAAAACUAUUUUUAAAAAAUUGAAUGAAAAAUUUGUUAGAUCAAAAUUUGGGUAAAAAUAAUUUUAGUUACGAAAUUUUCAUUAGCAUGCUAUCAAAAUGAGUGAUUUUUUUUGUUUACAUCUAUAUUUUUUUUAUUCAUGAUUGGUGUGAAAAUUGUUUUCAAAAGCAGAAAGAAAAAUCAAAAUGUUUUUUUAUUUAAUCAAAAUGUAUGUUUUUAAAAUCAUAAUCAUUAGUUUUUAGACUUACUUUUUUUAUUAGAACUUUUAAUUCACUGCUACAAUCCUAGUAUGUUUCACUUAUAAGAUUGUAAUUCUAUCAAUAUUUAUGAUGAUUAAAUAUCUAACUAUAAAUAUUCAUAUCUUGCAGUAAUUCAAUCUAGAUCAUUUUUACUAAAAAUCUAUUGCUGCUUUUAGUUAAAAUAUUUUUUUUUAAUUGAAAAAAAAAUCUUACAAUUUUAUUUAUAAUUUGCUUUUUAUGAUUUUGAUUCCACUGAAAGUUGAAAUGAUCUGCUUUUAUAUGCAAUUAAAAAUUCUUAAUUUGUUUUAAAUAAAAUAAAAAAAUUAAUUUUAAACUUUUGAUCAAAUCAAUUAUGAUGUGAAAUUUGAACAAACUUAUAAUUGAAUUUUAUUUCUUGCUUACUUUAUGUAUAAAUAAAGUAUUACUUAUUUGGUA